GAACUCAAAAGGUAGAUUUGGGAGGGGUUGGAGGAAGAUAUAAAUGCUGAUAGCUGGAGACACAGAGCAACAUAGAACUGGAGAGACUCAAGGAAAGAGGAAUCAGACACCAAACAUGAAUCUGAAACUUCUUUUUUGCCCUGGAUUCCUUCUGCUGCUUAUUGUCAGUCAAAACCAGGCAGGGGCCAGAUCCAUUUCCAGCUUCCAGAGUCUGUCCAAAUUGUUAGAUGAGGACCUGGAGCAUCCCCUGGUCUCAGAAGAGUGGGACCAUGAGCAAGAUGACCUGAUGCCAGGAGGUGUCUUUGAUCAGCCAGACACUGAACUCCAGUGGAUGCAAAGCAGCAGGGAGCAGCCCAAGAGCAUUUCCACAGCUGAUGCUGCCAUCCAGAGAUUCCUCAGCCACCUCCUGAGCUCACCCCGUAGAUACCAAGGCAGAAGAAAAAAGGGCCUCUCCAAACCAAACAGGGGCUGUUUUGGUGUCAGACUAGACAGAAUUGGAUCACUGAGUGGAUUAGGAUGCUGACUCUGCUGUGGUAAGAGAAAGCCAGAGGCUGCUGGUGUGUGUAUUCAUGUAUAACUUGCAGAAAUAUGCAAAAGAGCAGAGUUAAUUCAGCUUCAAGGAAAUGGUGCCUUAAAGU